AUGGCCAACAUCAACAUUUAUUUUUCGCACCACGAUGGAAAUAUAGUGGCAGCCACUUUACCUGAGAAUUUCAAUCGCGAAGAUUUUAUUCGGAUCUUGUGUGAACGUUUUAGUGAUUGGUCCAGCUUUAGAUUUAUCGUGCGUGGACAUAACAUAGCCCUAGAUGACAAUGCACGAUUUAAUGCAAGAAAGCAUGAAAUUACUAAUGGGUGCCAAAUAUAUGUGUUCAAACGGAUGACAGGCGGUUGCUUUCUUCCUCAUACUUUGGUACUAAUGGCUGAUGGUACUUCAAGAUCUAUAGAUGCCAUUCGUGUAGGCGACGAGCUGUUGGCAUUCACCAACACAGACAAAAUUGUUUCGUCAAUGGUUCAACAGAAGUUCGUGCACACAGUAACAGAAUAUGUUGAAUUAUUCGUUGGUGAUGAAUCAACCACUCCUGUUUGUGUGACUCACGACCAUCCGUUUUACGUUGGUAAAGGACAGUUCGUUCCGUUGAAACAUAUAAAUGGCAAAAACGACACCCUAUUUACAUGCGAACUCAAUGAGGAUGGUAAAAGUGUUUUAACAAAGAAGCCCAUAAUUGGGCGUAAGAAUGUCACGGUCCCAUCAGCAUGUGUCUACAAUCUUAGUACAGAUUAUCCGAACACGUUUUUCGCCAAUGGUAUUGCGGUUCACAAUAAACUGGGAGAUUUAGGGGCUGCUUUCGUUGAUGUAAGUAACACGAGUGGUCUGAAACGCAUCCAAUGGAGUCAUACAGCUCCUAGUUGGCGCAUAGCUAAACCAGGUAUUUGUCUGGAGGGUAAAUGCAAUAACACGAACUGUGUUGCUGUGGGUCGACAGGUGAUCAUGAAUAUUGGUUUGCGAAGUUUUGAUUACCUCGGCGAUGUGAAUGAGACCACAGCGAUGUGUCCAUGUUGUUCGAAAUAUGUCGAGCCAAUCACAUGUGCAUUCAAUCGAUGUAUGUGGCGUUGGUCAGGCAUCAAGCAACCAGCACCAGGAGAACCACCGAGACAAAUUUCCGCCGAUUGGAAAGACGCUGACAAUGCCUACCAUUGCUUUGACGAACAAAUCAGUGGCACCGUAAUAUGGCGCAAGCUUGUUCUAGAAGCGAAAGCUCGCUAG